AUGCAGCAGACCGAAAUUGGCCGUGAUCGAAGACCAGACUCAGAGACCAGGGACCGGGUGAGGAUCAAGCAGGAAAUCAUUGACGCAGAGGUUAAAGUCAAAGUCAAGCAAGAGGUUCAGGUUAAGCUAGAAGAGGAAAAUAACACUAACUAUGAAAAUGGGUUCGCGAUAGAUCAGGAUUUAGAGAGGAAAACUGGAGGAAAUUUUGGACGAAACUGUCCUGCGAUGCAUCCCGCGUAUCGCGCCGUCGGGGGACCCGGACCGCCUAAUAGUUUUGGAUUUCCUCAUUUCUUUCCUCCGAAUUCUUUUGGAAUUCCCAAUUUUAUGGAUCCACAGUCUCAACAUUCUGAACAGGAGAAAAUUCAUUUUUCUAAGAAUUUCUUGCACCCCAGACAGGAGAAAAUAAAGGAUUUGGAGUACAGGAACUAUGAGCAGAAAUUUGACAUGUAUCAUUUUCGCACACCUCCGGAGUUUUCGCAGUUGAUACAGCAGCAACAUAGUAUGAGGAGUUUGUACUCGGGAAAACAUUCGAGAAAAUGGAGCAAUAAUUUGCCGGCGAAGUUCGUCCAACCAAAUGUGAGCUUUGGCAAAGAGCUGGAGCUGAAGCCGGAGGGCAAAAGUAUGCAGUCAUUUAGUGUUAUUCUCAAUCUCCAUCUCAGUCCCAGUAGAUCUUGCAUGGGAACUAAAACGCUGUCCGUCGAACUGAACCGUUACGUCGUAAUACGCGGCCGAACGAUCUCGCGUUACUGCGUUAUUUAUUCCGAGAAAUGGUUUCACUGUGAAAUCGCGUCCUCUGCGUAUAUAGAAGAAGUAUCUAUAGGUAUAAAUAUACAACAGAGAAAAGAUGCAGUAAUCACAACACACUUAGACUUCAGACUGAGGAAAGAGGAAAAAACAGAUGACACUAGCCAGUCCAGUCAGUAG